AUGGAUAACGAUGACAACAAAAAUAAUAAUAAUAAAACCAGCAGCAAACGUUCUUUAGAUUUUAAUAAUUUAAAACGCCUAAAACCUACUACUAAAUCUAGUACUAGGUCUACUAGAUCUACUAGAUCGUCAACAAGUAUAAAUACAGAAAUCAACGAACAAAAUAAUUUGAAAGAUACCAAAGCCAAUCAUCAAACAAUUUCAGACGCUUCACAAAUAGAGACUCCAAAAAAGACGAAAAUUGCAAGGUUAGAUUUGUUUCGUGAUAGAGAUAUUGAUGAGAUUAUUAUCAGUACCAAUAAAACUACCAAAGGAUCUUCUCAAGCAAUAAAUGAAUCAUCAACAAUAUCCUCUUAUAUCCCUUUAGUGGUAAUUUCUCCUCCUUCCUUCUCUCCUUCUUCUUCUAUUAAAACAACGAUAUCUGAUAAAGCAGCAUCUGGUAAUAAGGCAGCAUCUGGUAAAAUAUCCUCUUAUAUUCCUUCAGUGGUAAUUUCUCCUCCUUUUUCAAUUAAAACAACGAUAUCUGAUAAAGAAGCGUCUAAUAAAGUAGCGUCUGAUAAAGCAUCUGAUAAAGCAGCAUCUGGUAAAACAGCAUCUGGUAAAGCAGCAUUCGGUAAAAUAACAUCUGGCAAAGCAUCUGGUAAAGCAGCAUCCAGUUCUAGUAAAUCAUCAUCAUCCAGCGUUAAGGCAGUGAUUAGUAAAGAAUUGCCAUUAGAUAAUAAUGUGACAACAUCAUUAUUUAAAGUAACGGAUCAAGCAGUUAGUUCUGGUGAAUUUGCCAAAUUAAUACAAAUUAAUCAAAAAACAGCAUCAAAACUCAACACGAUUAUUAAUAAUCAAAAAAGGUUUAAAGCUAUGUUAAAUGAACAAAAAGACCAGAUUUCAAAUAUAAUGUCGGUAUUAGAUUCUCAUCGCAACGUUGAAACUGAAGUCGAGGUUAAAAAAAAGGGUAAAACGAAAAAGAAAGACAAAAACUCAGAUGAAUUUUAUCACUUACUUGCUGCAAAUCGCGUUAAAAAAGGUUACUACAUUAGAAAAUUGAAAGAAAGUUUAUGGAGUACUUUCGAUUUAUACAAACCGAGCGACUCACAUGAUCUGUCAUCUGAUAUUUAUAUUUCGUUAAUAAUUAAAUCAGUUUUUGCAUCUAAUAAAGAGCAUGCCAUUUGGGUUCAGUCGGUAUUAGAAGUUAUAUUUGAUGAGGAACACCUUUCGUCAAAAAUCGAUACAGACAUUGAUUCUGAAGAAUGUGAAUAUGAAUCUUCGCCCAAAACACCUAUAACACCUAUUGACGAUGAUGAUGAAAUCAUUGAAGUUGAUCAUCGUGUUGAUGAUGUUUAUGAUAAACAUAUGACGGAUGAUAAUCAAGCAGCUGAUUUAGAAAUUGCUGAUUUAGAAGGAGAGCAAUAA